AUGGGAGACAAAGUGUCCACCGAUGUUAUGCUCACCUUCUACCGAAGGCUGUAUCCAUUCAAACCCAUUUUCCAUUGGCUAAAUCAUUCCCCCACCCCAAGCACUCUCUUCACUAACCGCGAGAUCGCCUUCAACCUUCCGAACGACAGCAUGAUACGGUACAACUCCUUCAAUGACGCUGAAGAGUUCAAACGCAUGGUCUGCAAGUUUAAUCCGACGCGUUUCGAGAUUGGGCCGGUGUAUACAGCUCGGCCCCGCGAUCGCAAAACUGCCGGAAAUGGUUUCGUGCCAACGCAGCGUGAACUCGUCUUUGAUAUCGAUAUGACCGACUACGAUCCCGUUCGCACCUGCUGCACUGAUGCCGGAAUCUGUCAUCGAUGUUGGGCGUUCAUCGCAGCGGCUGUUCGCGUGCUUGACCACACAAUUCGGGACCAAUUCGGAUACGUCCAUCUGCUUUGGGUCUACUCGGGUCGUCGUGGAAUUCAUCUGUGGAUAUCGGACACGGAGGCUAUGGAGUUGACGGACGAUCAGCGCAAGACCAUGGUAGCCUUCUUGACAGUUGUGCCCAAGGACGAGAACAAGAAAUUGAACGUGAGAUACGGGUCAAGGGUAUUGCCUGCGUCUUUGAGGCCGGCCCUGGACGAGCUGGCUAUGGUUUUCACAGAUCUCAUUCUGCGCGACCAAGACUGCUUUGAAACAGAGAAGGGCUGGGAAGCCUUGCUUCGUCUGAUACCAGAACCUCGCGUGGUUGAUGCGCUCCGCUCUCAAUGGGAGUCAUCUGCUCACUCGUCAUCCGAAGAUAAAUGGGCCGAUUUCAAAAAGCAAAUCAAAUCGUUCAAAAAAGAAACUUCACAACGAGCCGCUCUAACCGCUGCUAUGGAAGACAUAAUUCUGCAAUACACCUAUCCACGCUUAGACGAAAACGUGUCGAAGAAGAGAAAUCACUUGCUCAAGGCGCCAUUCUGCGUUCAUCCAAAAACAGGAAGGAUCUGUGUUCCCGUAGACCCACAGAAGAUCGACAAAUUCGACCCACUCAGUGUACCGACCGUGAGCCAGCUCCUGAAUGAACUCGACAAUUCUGCAGGAAUGGAAGGCAUCGAAGGAGAGCAUCACUCAGAUUGGGAACGAACUUCACUGAAGCCUUAUGUUGAGAUGCUCGAGAGACACAACCAACUCAUUCUGGAUGACGCCCUUCGAGAAAAGCGUGCGAAAGGUGCGCUUUUGCACCGCCACAAAGAUGAGAUCGAAUGUCCUGGCGCGUUGGGUCACAUCACGAGAUCCCAAUACGUCAACCAUCACACCAUGUCUCAGGCUGCCUCUCCUGUUCUGAGUCUGUCAUCCAUGUCCAGCACGGCGUCCUCUCACUACAUCUUCCCUACUACACCAAUAUCCCAACACGUUGCCACUCCAAGGCAAAUUCCGGGGCCUUCAACAAAAGCACACUCUCACCGUCCAAUUCACUCCUCUCCGCUUGCCCCCUCAGACCCAUUCAACUCCAGUCCACUCGGGCCAUCAGCCUCGUCACCAAUUUCAGCUGUUCAGGAGCGUAGAAGGAGUCAAUACAAACCUCGUAUACCGAGUCUGCAGCUACCAGGUCUGAGCAGUGGCGGGGGUUCACGGCGGCAGAGCAAGGACCUGGCAUUGGGCGUCGGUUCGCAAUUGGGUGCCGCUGGGGAUGAUUCACAAGCCGCAUUUCUGAGGACGCGGUUCAAGCUACGGUGCAUUGACCGAGCGAGUAAAGCGCGACAAAGGGCGGUACAAAAGAAACGUCAGACGGGCGGGAGCAGUGAAUUUGGCAGUGACGAUGUGGAUAUGGAGAGGGAGAUGCAGUCCGACGAAGAGGACGAUGUCACCAAUGACCAGUUUUUCAAACGUAUCAUGGUCAACACAGAGAACAAAAUCAAGCACGCAUAUGCGUAUUCCUAUGACCGGGAAGUCGGAUCUUUCGACCCCGCUUUGGAAGCGCCUGAAGAAUGGGAGUCAGAGCUAGCUGACCACCUCGAUCCUUCGGAAGCUGCAUCAGCAGAGGAGGAAGCAGAAGACGACGAGGCUCUGGCUGCGUACAUUGCAGAACAAGAGGCAAUUGCAGACUUCGCCGAUAUCCCAGCGGAUGACUUGUUCAACUGGAGCGAUAUUGACGAUGAUCUGCUUCCCAGUACAGAUGCCACUGCCAUGGAUAUCUCGUAGUCACUUCGAUGUCCCUGUUCUAGGGCCAUCCCAUGGUCUUUCGAAGAAAUCAGAUACUUGCUUCAUUUGCGCGAAUUCCUAUCCGAAAACUCAAUCAAUCGCUUUGCUACUGUCGUAUACACAUACUCACUACUUGUAACACUACCCUGUCUGGCUAUAUGAACGACCUUUCCAUAGUCCGAGUAAUCCAGCUCCAACACUGCCACUGAUUGACUUUCAAACCCCGGUUAUUUGAUCCAGUCUUGUCGCUUCAAGCUUGACUGUUUACAUUCCAAUUCAUUAUGCCUUCGCUAGUACUGAACGCUCCAGUUGAGCAGGUCGACAGCCCACAUUCGCUUCUCCCAUUUCUGCAAUCUCAAUCGCAAAACACAAUAACGCGUCUAUACCAGCGACCCUCAUCAUGCCUUUCAGUCUUCCGACUCCUCGCGCCGUUGCAGCAGCAAAUCGUCAUGAACUUGCUUUGGCUGGAUUCCGCAGUACCACUUUCGACCAUGGCAGCCUGGGUCGUCCGCGACGAGAAAAAACGAUAUGACAUCGCGUUGAAACCUCUUUUCGGGCUGCACAUCAUCACGACCUCGCCCAUCAAGCUUGCGCUGAACCCCACAUUCAAGACGAGUUUUCGACAGGCGCUGACAGGGAGCGGAGCCGUAGGGAGCUUUGGAGUGCUGGCGGAGCCGGAUCGCCAGUACGAAACAAUGUCGGUGGAGGAACUGGAUGCGUAUGCGCUCGAGCGAUGGGAGACGGUAUUACACUUUAUGGUGUCCUCGAACACAGGCUCGAGCUCCGUUCGGCCGUCGAAGGAGGUGUUGUACUUGCUUACAAGGAGUGGGCUCAUGGCAAGUCCCAAUGGCUCGAUGCAAAUCACAUCUGCAGGCUUUCAAUUCCUGCUCUAUUCACCGCACGAGCAACUAUGGGAUCUUCUGUUACAGUAUCUGAGGAUGACUGAAGAGCUGGGGAUGGAUCUGGUGGAGGUUUUGAGCUUCUUAUUCAUGCUAUCGACCAUGCAGCUUGGCAAGGAGUACACCACGGAGGGACUCAGCACAACAGAAACAGCGGCCCUCACACAUCAGGCCGUGUUGGACGUCUUGCGUGACUAUGGGCUUCUCUGGCAGCCAAGGCCCUCGUCGAAACGAUUUUAUCCUACAAGACUUGCGACUACACUGACAUCUUCCUCACCUCCAUUACCGUCUUCGGCAGGCUCUGGUCCUCAAGAGGGAUUUAUCGUCCUGGAGACCAACUAUCGAGUGUAUGCUUACACUGAUAAUCCACUUCAGACCGCCGUGCUUAACUUGUUUGUGACACUAAAGUAUCGCUUCCCAAAUCUUGUGGUGGGCUCCAUAACUCGCGAGAGUGUCAAGAAAGCACUCAACAAUGGGAUCACCGCAGAACAGAUAAUCACAUAUCUCAUCGCACAUGCGCAUCCUCAAAUGCACAAAAACAAUCCGCUUCUUCCUAUCACGGUGCAGGAUCAGAUCAGACUGUGGGAGUUGGAAAAGAACCGACUCAAGUCCCAAGAGGGAUACCUGUACACUGCGUUCACAUCUCCAGCCGACUAUGAAUUGGUCCUGAAUUAUGCGAAGCAGAUCGAUGUUGUGCUGUGGGAGAAUGCGACGAAGAGGUGUUUCUUUGCUAGUCUAGACGGCCAUGCGAGUAUCCGAGGGUUCAUCGAGAGAAGGACCGGAGGCAAUUAGAGUCUGAUAGGACAGCUCUCUGUGAUAUGUACAUCCGAUUAUAGAAUCCUGCUAGCACCCGGAAUGCCAAGUAAAGCCCGACCCCCAGCCCAACUCAAACAGACACCAGACAACCCGACAAUCAGCGCCUUCAGUAAUGGAGGGGCGGGUGAGCUGUGCAACAGGAUCUGCAAGCCCACCACGACCAGCGCAUGCACGAGAUAUGCGCCGUAUGCAUAACGAGCGGUGGAUCCCCAUUUCUUGGAGGUCAGCUUCCAGCGAUGGAACCCCGCAAAGAGCGAUGUCCCCAGAAAGUAGAAGCAAAGCUCGCUCCAGAUCGCGUAGAGCAGCGCGAACGGAUUCAUGCCACCCAACAUCAGGCUGAUGCUCGGAGAAAUGGUGUACAGCGCGACCGCCGACAGAAUAGCGACGAGCAAAGUCAGCGCGAGAUCUCUUCCUGGAUGGGGACGAAGAAUGAACUGCUGGAUUUUGGAGAGACACGUGCCAGCGGUGUAGGCCAGCACGUAUUGGGGGGCGUAAGCCAAUUGCACGUUGAGAGGCGGGUACGAGUGCCCCACGGGAUGGGACAAGCGGACCAGGAACGAUGCCACGAUGACGGCGGAGAUGCUCACGAAUGCCGCAGCUCUGAAUGCACCUAGCGAUCGUGGGACCAGAUAGGACAGGGACGGAAGAUACUUUCUGACGGUGACAUACACCAGGUCGAAGACGAGCAGGACAGCAAGGUACCUGGACAAGUUAUAUCGAAAUGGCCGCACAAAUGGUUGUCCACUGGAACGUACCACACUACACCUCUCACACCAUUCAGGUGACGAUAAUACUCUACAAGCGCGGAGAGAACGGGCAGGUGUUGGGACCAUCGCACCAAGAAAAUGGUAAGAGGCUGAACGGACAACCUGUAGACCACAGCUGGAAUUCCCAAACGUUUGAGCUUGUCCAAGACGAACUGUUUCCAUGUCUUGUGGUCGGCAGCGUGGGACGAAAAGUGACCGGACAGGAAGAACAGCAGACCCAUGAAGAAGGACUGGUUCACGACUUGGAACACGGUGAUGACGACAGAGUGGCCCAUGGGGUACUACAAAGGGCACGGCCAAGAUCCAACGCUGCCAUACGGCAUCGAUGCAUGAUGAACGACGACGAGGGCGACGAGAAACGAGCGAAGAUUGUCUGGAAAGUGGAUCCUCGAUCUAGAGAGCAGAGCAGAAAGCUCGUCUACCGUUUCAACAACGGCAGGCAUAUCGGACGAUGUGGUGAACGAAGAUGGCAAGCUGAUAGCUGCGCCGCAGUAUGAUUCCACCUGAUGUCAUGGUAAGAUGGGCCGUCCUCAGCCGAGAGCUCUGUGGCGAGGUGAAUUGGUGCAGUAUACUUCGUGCAAGGGCAGGAGCCGUUGAAGUUCAGGUUGUUUCAAUGUUUUUGCAGUGUACAGUGUAUCAAAAUCACGUAGUGUCACAAAUCGUCACACUACGCGUGCCA